AAAACACAAAUGCAGCUUCAUUACAAUGCCCUAAAAUUUUCCCUAACCGCAGCGAAGUACAACAAGCUGCGUGAAGAUCUGCAGAAGUUAUUUUUUACCGUAUCUCUAUCUCAAGAUGUACUCUAUUUGGCCUAGUAUACAACAAGUAUCAGCACAACUUUUCGCGGCCGCCCGUGAGGAUAAAUAAAGACUAGCUGUACAACUUACGUUGGAACACCAACAAGUUUCUAAAUCCUAUAAUCACAAAAGUCUCCACCACCUUCACCAACAUGGCCCAACUCGCCAACCCCUCGGUGCUGUGCGUGAACCAAUUACUAUGGACGGGCGCGGCUUUGUGCGGCGGCACGCAGCUGCUCGGGUUCAUUCACGGGUACGUGCUCCAAACGGAGGCGCUGUUUGACACGAUCGGCGGCUUGAAUUUCCUCGCCAUGAUUCCGCUCGCGUACUUCCAAUCGCAGGCGAACAAUGAUGACCCCCGGAAGAUCACGAUGACCACGCUUUUCGCAUUGAGCCGCAUGUGGCUGCUGCUGUUCCUUUGCUACCGCGUCCGCCUGCGCGACGGGGACAGCCGGUUCGAGGAGAUCAAAAAGUCCUUCUGUAAAUUCCUGAUCACCUGGAUGAUGCAGGCCUUCUGGGUGUUCGCGAUCUCCAUGCCGCUGUAUGGGAGUGCACAACUCCUGCUCCCCCUCAUUUGUCAUGCAUCAUACCGAAUACACGUCUUGCCUUUAAGCUCUCUCUGCAUGACAGAUUUUGGAACAACCUCAAACAGUACUACAUCAAUCCGUAUAUUAGAGAUUUGUCAUACGGAAGCCACAUUUCUGCCGUUGUUUGUGUUGCUGUGAAUGCCAUUCAAAUGAGGGGGAUGGGGAGUUAUGUACUUGCAUACGUUGCUGGUCGUCCUUGGGGCGCAGUUCCGCACGGAAUUCCGGUGGUACGACUACGUGUUCGCGGCGACGUUUUCUAUCGGCUUACUUUUACAAAUAAGCUCUGACAUCAUCAAGGCGAAAUGGGUCGCGAACGGACGCCCUGGCGGGAUCUGCAAGAUCGGGCCCUGGGCGUGGAGCCGCCACCCGAACUACUUCGGCGAAAUCCUCAUGUGGUUCUCCGCGUGGGCGUUCACGUGGCCGCUGGUGCGCGGCUUCGAGCAGUCCUUCCCGGGCGGGAUGUUCCAGAAGUGGUUUUUAGUCUACAUGAUCAUCGCGGGGUUAUCACCCUGCCUCACCUGCGUCUUGCUCAUGUGCGUGUCCGGUUUGCCGACCUGCGAGGGGAAGAAUUUGAAGCGGUACUACACGAACCCAAACUUGGUGGACGACUAUAAGGAGUACAGACAGAGUUCCUUUAUGCUGGUCCCCUUUCCUGGAGGGAAAUGCUUCCCGCUGGUGUUGAAACGGAUUUUCUGUUGCGAAUGGCCCAUGUACGAUUUCAAGGAGGAGGAGCUGGACGACGAGGAGAAAAUGCUUACAAGCACGAAAUCGAAGCGCUCUUCCUCCGCCUCGCAAAGAAGCAGAUCAGGAGGUUCUCAAAAUGCGUCGUUGACCAUGUCCCAGCAACCGGGGGUCGGGGCGGGAGACAGCUACUACGUGCGCACCGCCAACGGAUCUGUGGUGCAGCGGGCAUGAUCUAGAAGUAUCAAAACGCAUCUACUUGUACUUCGUUCGGCCUUGAAGAAGACGUUUAUUUGCUUGUGACCAGUACCGCCUCCCGUCCUGGGGACGAGGAACCACAACCAUUAAUCCCAUUGUACAAUCUUUCGACUAUCGCAGAGACGCAGAGGAAAUAACGAACAUGAAAUUUUUACACAGUCAGCAGAGUACCAUCAUACGAACGUACAUGUGGAUUCACUCAUCAUAUAUCUAGUAUCGUAAAUAUACAUGUAUCAAACGCGGCACUCCACGACCCAUACAAGAUUGCCAACUCAGAAAAUUUUUCUCCUGGUGAGCAAAAUCUGAGAAGAAAGUCUACGUGGCUUGAUGUCGCACGAGGACCUCCGAAAGUCGAGUUGUACAUCGUUUUCUCCAAAUAAACUUCUAGACAUGAAUUUUGCUAGCAGUGCUUCUGUUUUCCGAACAGUUGUCCUCGCUUAGUGUCGUUUACGCUCCAUGUUUUUCAUGAAACAUCCUCAUCCAAAGCUAGACCUACACCGAGUCAGCGAAAGCCACGGACAUUUUCCGCGUGGGCAAAUCAAGCCCAUGCACUUUGUGUUCUCCUCCGACUACUUCGUCUGACUCUGAAGAGCAUAGUCCCA